AUGCCUGAGGCUCCAAAUUCAUCUACACUGCAAGAGUUCUGCUUUCCUGAAUCGAACAUCUCCUGUGUGAAACGUGGUUAUCCUGUGGCGGCUCAAACUGUGUUUUACUUCUUACUGGUUUUGGCGAUGACCAUCACGAUUCUAGGUAACUCUGUGGUGAUCAUCUCUAUAGCUCAUUUCAAACAACUUCACACACCUACUAACAUUUUGGUGAUGUCUCUGGCUGUGGUGGAUCUGUUACUGGGACUCACGGUCAUGCCGUUAAGCAUGAUCAGAUCAGUGGACGGUUGCUGGUACUUUAGUGAAGACUUGUGUUUUCUUCACUCUUCGUUUGACUUGUUUCUCACCACCACAUCAAUCUUCCAUGUGAUUUUUAUUGCUGUAGAUCGAUACCAAGCAGUUUGCCAUCCGCUCCAGUAUCCUACCAGCGUUACCAUAUCGGUUGCAUGGCUAAUGGUGGCUGUGAGUUGGACGACGGCUGCUUUGUAUUCUUACGGACUCCUGUGCUCGAAGGCAAAUGUGGAUAAGCUGGAGCACUACAUUGCCUCCAUAUACUGCCUUGGUUAUUGUAGCCUUUUGUUUAACGCACUCUGGGCUGUUUUGGAUGCAUUUAUCUGUUUCUUUUUGCCGUGCUCUGUCAUGAUUUGUCUGUACGUGCAAAUAUUUUUUGUCUCUAGAAGGCAUGCGAGGAAAAUUGAGGGUACAAAACAGGGCAGAAAUGACGUGAUCCUGAACAAGUUUUCACUGAGAGUGAAGCAUGAAAACAAAGCUGCUAAAACGCUCGGGAUUGUUGUGGGUGCGUUUAAUUUAUGCUGGAUGCCGUUUUUCAUGAACUCUUUAAUUGACCCGUAUAUUAACUUUUCCACCCCACCAGUUGUGUUUGAAGUGUUUCUCUGGUUGGGUUACAUCAACUCCACUUUAAACCCCAUCAUAUACGGCCUUUUCUAUCCAUGGUUCAGGAAAACGCUGCAUCUAAUCAUUACCUUAGAGAUAUUCGCUUCAAACUCAUCUCAUAUAAAAGUCUAUGCACAUUAA